AUGGGAGACACUAAUCCAGAAGAUUUGCUUGAAUGGAUUAGACAAUUGGAGAAGGUGUGUGACUAUAGGGGAUUUGAUGAUCAAGGGAGGUUCAAGAUUGCUUCGGUUAGGUUAACUAAGUAUGCUGGAAUUUGGCUUGAAAACUUGAAGGCCAAGCAUGCUAGAAGAGGAAAGGAGAAGCUUAGUACUUGGACUAAGCUAAAAGAGAAACUCAAGGAGAAGUUCCUACCAAGUGAUUUCAAGCAAAAGCAAUACAUCAAGUUGACAGCUUUGUGUCAAGAUACGUUGAGUGUGCAUGAGUACACUAUGGAGUUUGACAAGCUAUGCCUUGUUUGUGACUUGGACGAAAAGGAAGCUCUCGAAAUUGCUUGUUACAUCAAGGGGUUGAACCGUGCAAUAGCAAGGAAGAUAGAGGUGUCUAGCUAUCACACUUUCGAGGAUGUAUGUAGGUUGGUUCUCAAAUUUGAAGCUCAUGAGAAGGAGGAGAGGCCGAAAGUUUCCUAUGCAAAAGCUGGUAAUUCUUUUAAACCUUCUUCAUCUUAUCAUUCUUAUUCAUCUUCUAAUAAGAAUUAUGAGGGUUCUAAAAAGGAUAAUACACCUAAAGAUGAUAAAAGGGUGGAAAAACAAAAGGUGUUCGUGCCUAAAGAAAAUGGCGGCAGAUGUGGUGAGAAAUUGAACCUUAGUGUGAGGGAACAUCCACACCCUUACAAACUAAGUUGGCUUGAUGACACAGGGCUAAAGGUGAAGAAACAAGCACUACUUUCUUUUUCCAUUGGAAGCUACAAAGAUGAGCUAUGGAGACCAUGGCAAUUUGAUAGAAAGGUGAUUCAUGAAGGAGAUUCCAAUGUGUAUUAUGUUUUGGUUGGAAUAAAGAAGGUAAAGUUGCAUCCUUUGGCUCCUAGUGAAGUGAUUCACAAGAAAGAAGAAAAAAGGGUUAAUGUGUUGCUUUCAUACAAGGAGUUCGAGAAAGAGGUGGAAGAAGAGGACUGUGCUAUGCUCUGUUGUAAACAUGCUAUUGAUCUUAGGAGUGGAUAUCAUCAGAUGAGGAUUAGAGAAGGGGAUGAGUGGAAAACAGCAUUCAAGACUAAGCAAGAUGAUAUCCUUGUUUAUAGUAAAAAUGUUGAUGAUCACUUAAUGCACUUGAGAAGUUUGUUUGAGAAACUUAGGGAACAAAAAUUGUAUGGCAAGAUGGAAAAGUGUGAGUUCCUUGUUUCAAGCAUUGCAUUCCUUGGUUACAUAGUGUCGAAAGAAGGUGUACAUGUGGAUCCUUCAAAAGUCCAAGCAAUUUCUUCAUGGAAAGCUCCUACUAAUGCUCAUGAGUGUCGAAGCUUUCAUGGUUUGGCUUCCUUCUAUAGAAGAUUCAUCCGAAACUUCUCAACUAUCAUGGCUCCUAUCACUGCUUUGUUGAAGAAAGGAGAGUUUGAAUGGUCUAAUUUAGCUCAAAAGGCCUUUGAAGAAGUGAAAGAGAAGCUAUGUAGUGCUCCCAUACUAGCUUUCCAGAUUUCAAUAACUCUUUGA